AUGUCUUAUCCUUGCGGGUAUAGAGUCCCUGAAGUUGACCUGGCAAUCUUUGAUGAAAAUCUUUUUUGUUCAUCUUGCGGUUUUGUAUCACGACUUGUAGUACAAACAGGGUUAUGUGAGCAUCUAUAUUGUGAGAAGUGUUUGCAGGGUAAAGUUUUAAGGUGAGCUUUUGAAUCAUACUUAAUAAUAUUUUAGUAGUGAUAAUAAUAAUGAUAAUGAUAGUCAAGGCUGUGCUCUAAGGAACAUUAAAGGUAGUCCAGUGCUUUGAAAUGGUAAAAUCCAAGUUGCUGGCCAGCAUAUUGUAAUUUGUAUGAAAAAAGUAAGAUUUCUAGUUGCCUAGCAAAAGUUAGGCACUAGGGGCCACCAGGCUCUAGUAGAGCCGACGCUGAUUCCAGGGGGUUAACUCCAAAAUUUCAAGUGACAGGGAUGUUCAAAGGAUUUUUUUUUGAAAUGUUUGAUUUCUGUUUUUUGGGGGUAGGAAAAUUUUGGCGAGUAUUUUUUGAGUAGGAUGAUUUUAAGUAGUGAUUUUUUGGGGUAUUCAGAACAAUCUGAAGAUUCAUGAUACAUGUAGUUCUCACAUAUCUUGCAUGAAUAUAUAUUGUAAAACCAAACUUUUUUUGUGACUGUUUCAAUAUUUAACACAUUACAUUGCAUCUUUUUCACAAAACCACAAUCAAUCAGGUCAAUAUGUGAAAAAUACGGUGGCCCAUAUAUGCAAUACACAAAUAACAAUUUCAGUGCAUAAAUAUUGAUCUUAAUACAUUAAUUUAACUUAUUCAGUUCACAAUUUCAUUUUCUAAUACAUGGGCAUGUUUCUCAGUGCACAAAUAUGUUUUUCAGUGCACAAAUAUAUGUUUCAGUGCACAAAUGUAUUUUUCAGUGCACAAAUAUGUUUCAGUGCACAAAUAUGUUCUUCAGUGCACAAAUAUAUUUUUCAGUACACAAAAUUAUUCCUGGCACCCAAUGGGCUAAAAAUGGCCGAAAGACCCUGGGACUACACUCAUUACGGAAUCGCGCCUGUAGAUACAUGUCGCUAGUAAAUGCAAAUUUUUCUGUCAAUCAAAUGUGUCCUAUUAUUUGUAGGUGGAAAUUGGUAAAACAUCGUUAUUGUUUUGGAGACAAUAGAAGAACAAAAGAUAACAGAAAGAUCAAGUUAUGCGUGUCUUAAAGCUUUCCCGCAUUAAAACGUUGGAAUGAAAAGUCUGAAGCUUAGCUUUUAAAAUCUUGAUAGCCAAAAUAAAAGGGGUGCCCCAAAAGGCAAGCAUUUGGGAAUUCAAAAUCAAUAUUUUUGUCUCCAGCGAAAUCCGGCGGAUGAACAGUAAUUUGCAUAUAAGCGUAAGUGAAGCGAAAUAGAUACAAAUUGCCGUGGUUGUAGACACAACGUUUCCUCGAAGUUAUUUUCCUUUUGAAAGCGUAAAUUCGCAUGAAAGAGCUCAGCUUGCACAAAAUAAUAUAAAAUGAAACGAAUCAAAUCGAAAAGUGGUUAAAAAAAGUCAGGAUAUUUCAAUUCGAUGGAAAGUAAGUGAUUGGGUAGGUGAUUUGCAUACUGAUAAAAAUAACGUCUAGCGCAGUUCAAAACCGUUCGGCUUCCUGAAUUGUUUUCCUGGAAUUCUAUACAUUCUGCUGGCCUAAAUCGUUAAAAUAUGUUAUGAAGUCAAAAUAUUUAUCAAGUUGAGCGUUUUCAUUUCCUUAUAAAAGAGAGUAGUGCGAAAGCUUGGAUCUAUAGAUUUUCUUAAGUUAAAUUACCUUUGUAUCGUGGAAACAAUACCCUAACACUUGAGUCUUGAAUCAAAGGACGCGGCAUGCGUCGGCUCCCUUUGUGAGCGCGCAAAUAGUCAUGGGACCCGUGAUUUUGCGGGCGACACGGAUCUACAGGUGCCGUUCCGUAAUGUGUCAUUGAGGCCUGGUCACAUUGUUUGGCGCGCUUUCGCUUUCAAUCAGUUUCGUCGCAAAUAGAAGCCAUCUUUAAUCGAUUGAGCAUGUUUUGCCGGAAUUGCGGCAAAGGUUGGGAAUUGUCAUUUGCUUUUUGCCCAAAUUGUGGAGCAAAAGUUGAAGCAGAGACAUCUUUAUCCUCUAGGGAUAACAUUGUUGGCAGUGCCUCACUCACGAGCCAGAUGAGCUGCAAGCGAGCAUCACCUUCGGAGCCAGCAUACAUACAUACAUUUUUAUUAAUCCUAGAAGUCAUGUGACUGUACACUGGAUGCUAAAACAGUCAGCGAUGAAAUAGAAAAGGGGGCAAAAAAAAACACUAAAUUAAAUUAUUUACAACAAAUAAAUAUUUACAUUUCUAUUGUCUUAUGGAUGGGAAAGCAUUCGCUUGGAAGUCAGUAACAGACUCAGCAUUAACAGCAGAAUUGGGAAGGCCAUUCCAAAGAGGGAGAACAAGUGGGAAAAAGGAAAACUUAUAUGCAUUGGUGCGAGCAAAGAUAUGCCUGAACUAUGAGGAUGGUUAGAGCGAUUGCUUCUAUGAGCUAAGGUGACAGAAUUGCUGGAUAUGUUAAGUGAGUCUGGUUGUGCACAGCUUUAUACAUUAUGGCAGCGGCGUUUAGCUGUCGACGGACUUCAAGAGUGUCCCAGCCCAGCGAAUGUUGCAUAUAAGUUAUGCUGGAAAACUGUGAAUAAUCUCAACAGACAAAUCUUAUAGCACAACUUUGGACAGCCUCUAACUCUUUUAUGAGUUGUUUUUCAAAAGGGCUUGAGGCAGGCAUACUCUACAUGAGGUCUCACUAGAGAGUUGUAUGCUUGGGUCUUAAUUAACAUACUGGCUGCUUCCUGAAAAAUUUCUACAUAAUAGAUCCAGUAUCUUCAUAGCUUUGUGUUAAACAGAUUUUACAUGAGAGUCCCAUUCAAGGUUUUCUUGUAAGCAGCUCCUUCAGCAAAACAGUUCCCUACAUUCAGAAAGUUUCUUGACAGAAAGUCAGAAGAGCAGAGGGGCCAUUUGGACAUCCGGGAUUCGUAUACUGUCGCCACUGUAGGCGGUAAGCCUUAAUCUUUCAUGACAGCCAACAGGGUCGAGUUCGCGACAAAGCUCCUCUACCACUCAUCGUGGUACUUGAAUACCUUUUAACCUGAGAGCAUGCCAAUGCGAACAAUAUCCUCAUGAACAUCCCAGCCCCUUGAAAUUUUAACUAUUUCUUGUCGUAUUUCCUUAAUGUUGUAGGAAAUAUUUCUUCAUUUUAAUCCCAUGUCAUGCAAUCGUUGCAGAAGACUUUGUGUAGACAUUAUGGUGUCGCGAUACUUUGAUAAAAAGAACAACAUAUUUUGUACGAAAACCCCUUUUGAAAAUAGUACCUGAGCAAUUCAUCCAUAUCUUUAGCAUUUCUAUUCUAUGGUGGUUUCUUAAAUCUGCACCACAUUCGAUUGAGGCUUGAUCUAUUUGCGACGAGACUGAUCGAAGGUGCGGCAAACAAUGUGACCAGGCCUCAAUGACAGUAUAGUACCAGGUUCUUUUGGCCAUUUUUAGCCCAUUGGGUGCCAGGAAUAAUUUUGUGCACUGGGAAACUUAUUUGUUUGCUGAAACAUAUUUGUGUACUGAAAAACAUAUUUGUGCACUGAAAAAUACAUUUGUGCACUGAAAAAUAUAUUUGUGCACUGAAAAAUAUAUUUGUGCACUGAAAAACAUAUUUGUACUGAGAAACAUGCCUGUGUAUUAGAAAAUGAAAUUGUGAACUGAAUAAGUCAAAUUAAUGUAUUAAGAUCAAUAUAUAUGCACUGAAAUUGUUAUUUGUGCAUUGCAUACAUAUAUAUGGGCCACCGUAGAAAAAGGUUCUUACUCCCGAAGGUGUGAUGAGUAAACAAACACAAACAUUCCAUUACUGACAGUGUUUCUAUUUUUCGUGUUAUACAUGUAUCAUUAUUUUAAUGCUUUCUGGAAAUUUUUAUGGUUCGGAAAUUCGGCAUGGGAUUUUUUAGGUUUUGAUUUUUGCCCCCAUCCGAUCAUCCCUGUAACUUGAAAUCCAAAGUACGCCCUUCAGGGGUCCUGAUAAUUUAAAGGAUGAUAAACUGGGAAGUUGAUUUUGUAGAAGAUGCGAUGUACUUACCUUGUACAUGUAUGAACUGGAGAAUGUAUUUAAAAGUUGAGUUAAGUUAAAUGCAUGUGGAUCAGUUGAAUGUCAAGAACUGAUGUAAGGUCUUAUAAGAAGUGAAAUUGAAAUUAUUGUUUAUCAUGACAGGGCUCAAAAUAACUGCCGUUCAACGGACAAUGUCUAGCCUGAUCGUGGACUUGACUGGUUAAACUCUCAUCUGGCCGGUCAUUUUGACCGGUCAUCUUUGGAUACAAGGAUUUUAUGAUAUUUUUCAUAAGUUGUCACUUAAUGCGUUUUGCUCAGUCUAUAAUGCUGUAGUGACUUCUUUUUUCUUUGGCUUUUUUUUUUUGUGCUGCUUUGCACAAAAAAAGAACGCCGCAAUAAAUUUCAUGUUGUCACGUCGUAAUGAAACACAACAAAGCGAAACCGCAACAAGCUGCUGGAGUGACACAACGAUGCAGCAGGUGGUACUGUGCUUUCUGCUUGUGCUAAAAUCAAUAGUGUGACCGUCUUUGGGAAAAAAAUUAAUACACUAACAAUAAUCUGUUAUGCGUUAGAAGACUAAAGGACAGCUAACAGUUUUGUCCACCUAACGUUUCACAUCUACUUGUAAGGGGAUUGUGAAAAUCAACUUCGACGGAAUUUGGGCAAAUCGAUCACAAUUCUCAACAGGUCGUCCGGCACUGUUUCUGCGGGAAUAAAUUUUAGCACCAAUUUUAUAAUAAUUUCUUUAUGUCGAACAUGAAUCUCGUUUGGGGACACGAUUCCAGAAUAGUCUGAUAAAAAUUUAAGUUAAUCGAGAACGGACGUUGUCUAUCCCUCCUUUUUGUAAACAGCUUUAUGCAAGUUUCUGUUGACGUUAAUGAGCCCUUUCCGAUAAAGUGUUAUGCGACAACCCAAACGAAAGCUCUGCGGUAUAUUUAUUGCCUUCUGAUGAUAAACAUUGUGUUUGUGGAACAGAUUUCCCCCAAAUCAACUUCUUUACCAAAAAUAUUUAGUGUUGUUCUUCUUUGUAGAGGAGACUUUUGAUCAUGUGCCGGGCAAUGAAAAGGAUCAAGUUUUUCUGAUAUGCAGAUAUGGGACGAACCUUGGGGAUUUCAGACACCACUGUACGAUGAUACUCAAGCUAUAACAGACAUGAAAAUGGGCAAAAACCGCGGAAAGGAACUCAAGAACGUGUCAAUGAAUUUUUCACCUACUUGGGGUGAAAGUUUUUCACCUUAAAUUGGGGUUUGUCCAGGCUAAAAAAUAUUUGGCCAGUCAUCAGGACCGGCAACCUGCUGUCCGUUAUUUUGAGCCCUGCAUGAUCAGGCCUUUUUGUAUUUUGCUGCUCACUUUCACAUGGCUAAUUGACAUGGAAACUUGAUCAAGUGCUGCAUUGUAAAUUAUACUUUUCAUAGAAUAAAAGAUUCGUUCAUAUAUUUGGAACGUUAAAUCUUUCUAUCAUUUUUUCUUUUUGUGCAAUGCAUUGAAUUGAACCAAAACCUUGUAAAAAAAAAUGAUCAUAAUAAUUUAUGAUCAUUUUUUUAGAAGGUUUUGGUUCAAUUCAAUAGGCAGGUACAAAAGUCGGACCGGAUCAACUCGGACCGCCAGUCCGGGUCGGAUCAACUCGGAUCGACUCGGACCAACUCGGAUCGAAUAAAUAAUAAAAAUAAAAUACAAUUGGACUCGGAUCAACUCGAAUCAUAAAAAAAAAACUCGGAUUAUAAAAAGAAAAAUGAAAUCAGUCGGUAUCACUCAACUUUCACCCGCCAUUUUGUUUUGUUGUUACGAACUCGUGGUUGCGUAAAUUAAAUUAAUUUUUAUUUUUAUUAAUUUUAAUGAUACGCUAGUGAGCAGCACAUAUACACUUCCAGUGAACAUUUUCAACUUGGAAGGAGAAGAAAUCAUGGUCACCCGGGACAACGAAAAUUUUCGUACCCUAGGCAAGAAUUGAACUCACGACCCUCCGAAUACUACAUGUUUAUCGGACGCUCCAAACACUGAACCGGAGGGUCGCGAGUUCGAUUCUUGCCUGGGGCGUGGAAAUUUCCUUUGUCCCCGGCGAGCAUGGUUUCUCCUCCUUCCAAGUUGAAAAUGUUCACUGGAAAUGUAUGUGUGCUGCUCACUAGUGUAUCAUUAAAAUUAAGUUUCAGAAGCCAUAUCUGUGAAGCAGAGUGCGUCGUGCCGAACGCAACCUAUAACAUGGUCCGAGAGGAACUGGCAACUAGUAAAACAAAAUGGCGCCUGAAAGCCACGGAGAAAAAAGGGAUGAUCUGGCCUUUUUUACCCUCCAAAUGGGUUAAACUUUCAGUUUUGCUGAUUUAAUGUAAUUUUUUUGAUUGCUCCGAGUUGAUCCGAGUCCAAUUUUAUUUUAUUUUUACUUUUUUAUUCGAUCCGAGUUGGUCCAAGUCGAUCCGAGUUGAUCCGACCCGGACUGGAGGUCCGAGUUGAUCCGGUCCGACUUUUGUACCUGCCUUCAAUUCAAUGCAUAUAUUGCACAAAAAGAAAAAAAUGAUAGAAAGAUUUACAUUGUGUGUAUUAGUGCUGAAAUCAGGACAGUUGAUGGCCAAUCAGAUUUGAAAAUUUUAUAGUAAUUAUUACUAUAAUAAAAUUUUCAAAUCUUAUGGACUAUCAACUUUCCUGAUUUCAGCACUAAUACAACCAAUGAAGGACAGUACAUGUCAUGCCUAAGUAAUUGGAUAGUACGCGCCAUUGCAUGCGCACUUAAAUGGCUUUUUCCACUGCUAACAACAAAACUUUUGGAAUAUUUCUUUUGUUUUUAUUUAGAAGAAGAUUAAAAUAUCACAAAUGUUUGUUGUAGUUAUAUGAUAAAACUUUCUGUCGUCCAAUUUGGUCUGUAAUCAUACGCGUGAUUAUUGAACUCCUGCUACGUGGUCUUCUGAUUUUGUUAACCACUCAUUCAAUCAAAGACCAAAAUGGGCUCCAUUCUGUCGUAUUACCAUUAUAAUAACAUUAAAAUCAGUUCUGUUUGUAUUACAGCCAAGUAAACCCAGUUUGUGUGAAGUGUAAAAAGCCUUUACAACACACUCAGGUAAGUGACUGUGGGCAAGUAAUGCAGAGAGCAAAACAUAAAAAAACAACAACAACAUCAACAAAAAGGAAAUUGGUUUGGUGUUUAUUAAAGCUCUCACUCCAGUAAUGUCCAAACUCUUAAUUUGUUUUUGAUCUGCAGUGUUCUGAGAGGCCAGUCCAGUUUCUUCCACCUGCACACUGUAUUCUUUUUUUCCAAUCAUGCCACAUCUCCUUGCUUGGCUUAAUUCCUUCAUAGUUAACUGAUAGUGUACAUCCCAUGCUGAGCCCGUGAAUGCACAUCCCCUUUUUGGUAUCUAUUUAAUUUCCAUCCCCUGACCUUGCUCCAUGCUGCAAUAUAAAGUACAACUUUAAAUGUUUAUACUGCCAAGGUGUCUAUAUAGCUAUUUUAAAGUACUGUAUUCUUGAUGUGAGCUCCAGGGCUAUCGCUAAAAUUUCAAGUUGCCGGGUAUAUGAAAUAAGUAGGAGGGGAAUUGUACAGCCAGGAAGUUCUUGUGGUUCUGUUUUCCUUUUGUUUCCUAUGAAAGUAGCCACAGGCUCACGCUUGUAGCCAUGGGAAAAUCCCCAGGCCCGUGCUUAGCCUGCGAAAACAUCCGUUUUUCCUUGCUCUUUGCAGCUGGGGACAUUUUGCGUGGAGAAAUGUUUCCCACUCAGCGACAGAAAUUCCAUACUGAUGACGUAAAAUCUGUCCGGAAUCCGGUCAGAAGCGCUGGUUGGUCGACAGAGUAGUUACAUUGUUUUAGCUAUUGUUUACGAAUGACAGUCUUGACAGACAAAAGGCCACAGGGGUCAAAUGUAAAUGUGAAGAAUCUUUGACAAAACAGUCAGUACUAUUUUGUGGAAUAUAGUCUUCUCUAGAAGAAGUAUUUGAGUUUUGCUAGAGCUCUUUCGCAGAUGAACACAACACUUUACCAAAAUCGACCAGAGGACACAUAAAAUUGGACAAAUUUAUACUUGGAACCGCAUGACUACUGGAUUUAUUACUUAAACAUUGAUUUGCGUCAUCAGUAUGGAAUUUCUGCCGCUGAGUUGCAGACGUUCCUCCGCGCCAAACGUCCCCAGCUACGAAGAGCAAGGAGAAACGGAUGUUUUUGCAGGCUAGCAAGUACUCUAACUGGCAGCCCUGGAGCUCCCAGGUGAGCAUAACACCAGGGUUUUCAGCAACAUUUGGAAUAAGUACCGGAUGCAGUUCAGCUGGCGGAUGUGCACCGCUCACACCAGCAGCACCAACGUUGAGUGCCAGAGGCAUGAACUCCUAGGGGGGUCCUGUGUUCCCUGGACCAGAAUUGGGUAACAGGAAUUAUCUCUUUUUUUUUCCGAUUGUAUGCAUUACAUAACUAAGUGAGUAAAAUAAGGGUCAUGUCUUUGUUUGGUUAAUAUAUGGCAAAAAAAAACGAGUUUCACACUUAAAAAAAUUAUUAUUUCGUGUGUGAACUACCAGAUGUUACAUGUCAAACAACCGGACAUUGCGUCUGGCGUCCGGCCUGAAAUGAAACCCCUGUAACACUAAUCCAUUUUGGAUCAGGGUGUCUAGUCUGUAUUAGAGAGGUUCACUUUUACUAUCAGUCAGAGGUUCAAUUUUAUUAUCAAUUUUUCAAUCAUUUCCUAAUGAUGUAAACACUGCUGGUUAUUAUAGUUAAGCCUACAUGUAUAAAUUUAUGGAGAUCAGAGCCAUUAAAUUUGACAUUAUGUGUUUUGUUAUCUGAAACAGUAUUUUCCUGACAACUGCCUAAGGAGGGAGAUUGAAGGUAAAACUGUCCACUGUCGAAACAUAGCUGUUGGAUGUAACUGGAGUGGUGAAUUGAAAAUCAUUGAUGUAAGUAUAGGAGAUAGUCACUGAUAUUAAUAAUUUUACAGUUGAAGUCAUGACGGUACAACGUUUUGGCAUUUAUGUGGGAAGGAGUGCACUUUGGAGGUUAACUACAUGACCAUUUUGUACAAUGACUGUAGUAUACUAAAGUAGGGUAAAAGGGGGUCCUCAGUGGUUUGUCAAAACCCAUUCUUUAGUGGUUUUUCCCCUAUAUUAUCCUUAACUGCUGGGUCCUUCUCCUGUGCUUUGCAAGGUGUUUUUGUUUCAUUGUUUUUUGUUUUGCAUUAUAUUUUUUAUAAGUGGCACUUAGUUUUGGUUGUUUCNCCUAAUGAUGUAAACACUGCUGGUUAUUAUAGUUAAGCCUACAUGUAUAAAUUUAUGGAGAUCAGAGCCAUUAAAUUUGACAUUAUGUGUUUUGUUAUCUGAAACAGUAUUUUCCUGACAACUGCCUAAGGAGGGAGAUUGAAGGUAAAACUGUCCACUGUCGAAACAUAGCUGUUGGAUGUAACUGGAGUGGUGAAUUGAAAAUCAUUGAUGUAAGUAUAGGAGAUAGUCACUGAUAUUAAUAAUUUUACAGUUGAAGUCAUGACGGUACAACGUUUUGGCAUUUAUGUGGGAAGGAGUGCACUUUGGAGGUUAACUACAUGACCAUUUUGUACAAUGACUGUAGUAUACUAAAGUAGGGUAAAAGGGGGUCCUCAGUGGUUUGUCAAAACCCAUUCUUUAGUGAUUUUUCCCCUAUAUUAUCCUUAACUGCUGGGUCCUUCUCCUGUGCUUUGCAAGGUGUUUUUGUUUCAUUGUUUUUUGUUUUGCAUUAUAUUUUUUAUAAGUGGCACUUAGUUUUGGUUGUUUCAAAACAUGCUUCCCUUGAUGUUAAGCUCCUGUAAUUUGUGUGUCUUCAAAACGUUUGCCGAUUCUUUAUACUUGAGUGUAACAAAAAUGUAUAUGUAUUUUGUUUUCAUGCUGUGUCUUUGAGGCAUUUAAUUAGUUCUCCAUCUCUACACUUUCCAGGCAGCCAGACUGCACCCCUUCUUUGUGUGGUGUCUGAGCUUCCCUUUUUCUGUUGAUUGAUGUCAAUCAUAUAUAUUGACAUUGGCAAACUUCUUCAUUAAUUGACCGGUCAGUACUUAAGCUGGCUAUGGAGAAUUAGUAGGGGUAUUUCUGCCAAUGAAAAACAGAAUACUUGAAUAUUUAUAAUAAUAUUAUUAAUAUUAAUAUCAGUAAAGUCCACUAUUUCCUUAUUUCCUCAUAGGCUCAUCAAUGUAGUUGCCCAUACAGACCUUUACGUUGUGGGAAUGAUGGCUGCACAAUUACAGUGCCAGCAAAUCAACUGAUACAGCAUAAAGAGCAAGAGUGUCCCCACCGUCAAGUAGAGUGUGAGUACUGUGGUUCCUCUAUGAAUUGGGACGCAUAUCAAGUGAGUGCAACCUUUGCUUCAUUAUGAACGUUACAUGAAAAUACUAGCCUGCACCGCAGAUGAAAUUCAACCUCGAUUAGUAUUUUGUCUGUAAAGCCAAUUUUCUUGUUCUGGGCCCCCAACAGACACAGCCCAACAAAUUAGUGAUUUCUCUUCACCAUGACUGGCAAAUAAACAAUUAUUGCUUUUGUAAUGUGUACUCAAAUCCCCUAGUACACAGGUGGGGGCCCAGAGCAAGAAUUUUGGCGUAAUUUCUUAGAUGAACAUAACUAGAGUUCAGCUUCUUGUGAAAUGCAGGGUAGCAAAUCCAAGUAAACAGAAUUAUUUUAUUAUUGGACAAUGAUAUAAUCUCACAGCAACAGACCUACACUCACCUGGGCGAUUAUUUUCUUUAAAUACUUAUGAAAUGAUCCCUGGGCUAGAUACAUUCACUGUUUUGUAAAAAAUUUUUUAUUGCAUUUAGAUAACUUUUUAUAGUUUAAUUUUUCUAUGUUUAUUUGCACAACAUCAAGCAAUCAAUGAUUAGUAUUGCGUAUGCACAUCAUACCCUGGUAUGUUUAACGUGACAACAUGAUAUACUGAUUCUCUGGAAUGGCAUGGAAUUCCAUGUGCAGAAUGAAAUUGCUGUUUGUGAAUGCAUAAUAGAUUGAACUAGCUGGGUGUGGACUUUUAACAGUACAGUGUAUCAAAUAUUUAUAUCUCUUUCAGGAACAUGAACAAAAUUGUCCUAAUGUCCCUGUUACAUGUGACAGAUGUGGGAAAAUCGACAUACCACGUGGAAAGGUUGGUUGGAAAUCUUUUUUGCUCAAAUCACUUGUCACUUUUUCUAAAAUCUCCCAGACAACUGGGUCGAGAUCCAUUAGUGAAAAGCAAGGCAGGGAUGUCCCUAGCCUAUAAAAUAAGCUAAGACGUUGACAAGGAUUGUGAGAAAAGAGGAGAAUACUGAGGGGAAAGAGUUUGUUUCCUCGAAAGUGCAAUAUGCUUCUUUUUCAAGAACUUUACUUACUAAAAUAUCCUAUGGUUGUUAAAGGUCAAACUUGAUUUCGGGUGAAAUUCUCCAAGCCCUAGGAGACAAAGGAGAUUGAAAAUCAACCUAGGUUGAAGAAUUUUAACCUGAAAUCAAAUUUAACCUGAUACAUUAUUUUUAGUAAGUACAUGUAUAUUGUAGUCUGAAAUGUCAUCGGGCAUUUGUUUGCCCCCACCCCGAUCUGGUGGCAAGGCAAGAAGGUCUCUCUCGCCUUGCCGCCUGUUGGAAAUAAUCCAGGGUUAAUUUUUGUCUUUCACAUGCUUUGACGUGCAGCAUCAAUAGAUUUGUCCGAAAUGUGUUUUCUUUUCCUUGUCUCUUUUUUUCUUUUUUUUUUUGUGGAUUGCUUUGUCCUUCCAUCCUUUUUUGCUAGUAUUAUGGUGACUGAUUUAGGUUUUGUUUUUCCUUAACUCCCAUCCAUGUAGCCCGAGAAAACCCAUUAAAGACAAUAAGAGCGCAGGUCGAUUCGGAAUUGUAAGCCAAAAAUGAUUUUAUUUUAAAAACUGCUGUGUUCUGAUUUAAUAUAGUAUUUUAUUACACUUGGUAUAGAUGAUUAAACGACAAAGAACGGCCAAAAUGAAUAAGUGAAAAAAAAGAGGGAAAAUAAAUCGCUAAAAAGUAAAUAUUUGUUUGUUUUCCCACAGCUUUUUCUGCAUAGUCACCCAUUUAAAGGAGACUGCAACAGAAUGUAUUGUCCUUUUAGAACUCACGGAUGUUCAUGUGAUGUAAGUUUGUAUGUGGGUGUUUGCCCUUGUGUAAAGGUCAACACAUUUUUAGACUACUUUGAAACACCUAUUUCAUUUAAGGUUGCUCCCGUGAACCAUGUUUCUUAACCUUCAGUGCACUAUGGUAAAUCCUUUUGUAGCGGGAAGUUCAGUCUUGUUCACGUUCAUUGAAAUAAUGAAGACCAAUUGUGAGAAGGCGUUUAAGAGAGCUUUCAAGUCAAAUGGCUGCUAAAAUUCUUAAGCAUGAGCGAGCUGAAGAAUUUCAUUGUUAAAAUCUCACAUUAAGAAAUUAGAAGCGUCUUUUUUAGCAACAUUAAAUGAAUAGGGUUUUACCGCCUGAUUAAGCUGCGUUUUUGCAUAGGCCAGAAUGCUGGUUAUUUCAAUAAAGAAAAACGCUAGCAUUCUUUUUUAAAAAAUUGCCUCAAAAAUACAUAAACGCUUGAUGUUAAGUUAUUUAUUGUAGUUCAACAAACGUCUCAGCUGAAUUUGAUUUUUUUUUAACUCCAUCCAAAAUUCCCACGUGCACGAACCAAGCAAACUCGUUGAAAAAUUUGCAGCAUUUGCAUAUUACCACAGAGAAAAACCUAACCUCAAAUCACCGUCUUAAAUUAAAAAGCCUAGGAUUCAGUGUUCUGAAAUACGUUGUCUUAACGUUCUGCUGACAUAGACGUGUAGCAUAGAAGCGUCAGCAGCUUUUGCUCUAUAGGUUUCUAGACUUUCUACAAUAAUGCACCGUGGGCUACAAAACAUGGAUCAUGAAUCGUCCAUUAUUCUUCUCUGAAGCAACCUUAAUUGAAAUAGGUGUAUACACAUAUUUUGUUUGAAACAAACAGGAUUUGCUGAACCGAGAAUCUUUGUUAAAGCAUUUGUCAGAAGGUGUUGCUGGGCACCAACUCAUUCUGUUGUCCCUGAUGGAAAGUGUUGCUCAGGAAAGAGAAGCAGUCGCUCCUUCUGAAGGUGGAAUUGGUGAAGGCCUCCUCGCAGUGAAAAGUGAAGUUGCAGCGCAUAGUUGGGCCUUGAUAACACACUACAAAAAGCAAGAGGAAUUGGUUACUGAUGUAAAAGCCUUGGUCGUCGUCUUAUCUGAAGCUAUAAAUGGGAUUGAACAAGUGAGUUUAGCACAAACACAAGAAAAUGCAAUGUUAAGAAAUCGUGUUGAGCGCUUGGAGGGGAAAGUGGAGCGCUUAGAAGCAACACUACUGCAACACGAUUUCUCCCUUAAUACGUUGUGGCGGUUUAUUGGGGAAUUAUUGCGUCUUGCACAGAGGCUGGUGAGCCGAAGGCUUCCUUGA